GAGGUUAUUCCGCCCCCCCCCCCACCACCAACUCCCCCGGAUAUAGAGAUGGAGGACGCUACAGACACAGAGGAACAACAAACCGGUAUAGGAAAAGAAGCGGCCGACUGCGGUCAGGGAGACAAACUGAAGGAGCUGGCAGAUUGGCUGAUGGAGAACCUCCAAAUAAAGUAUCAUGACAGGAAUGAGGGGUUCUGGGACGACACGUACGUGGCCUUGAUCUCGUUACUUGAAAACAACGAAAGUCUCCAGCUAGCUCUAACGAACGACCUACCAAAAGGGGCGAACUGGUCAGACGUAUCCCAAAAGUUCCUCACUAUAGUCCGCGAUCGCUUCCACCCACAUGAGAACGACACCACCUGCGAAAGGAAGGAGGUUAGCUUGAUCAACGCCUCCCCUCCCAAAGAAGACGAGAAACUGGGGAGGGAAGAGAAGACCCCAGAACAACAAAACAGGGAGAACGCAGAGGGAGGAGUUGAGAAGGUACAAGGGGUGAGGGAAAGUCGAACAACAGGAGGCGAAGGGCAGACAAAAACUAGGAGGGAAGAGGAAGCAGAGGAAGAUAAAACAGAGUUUGGAGAGAGGGAGGAGGGGGAAGAAGAGAGAGUGAGCCAGGACAAGGCGGGCGCAGGAAACAGGGAAGGGGAGGAGAUGAAAGAAGGGAGAGAGGGCCAGGACACGGCGGACGCGAUAGACAAUAGGAUAGUGAACAGAAAAGGGGCGGUCAUAGAAGAAGCAAGAGUAAGAGGAAAGGAGGAGGAAGGAACCCAAAAAGAAAAAGAAAAAAAUGCAGAACGCGAAACCACAAAAGAGGCAACGAAGAUGUUAGACAGAGAUGAGGAAGGGUUAUGCCUGACAUUGGCCGCCUGGCAGCCGGAAGAGACCAUGCAACGGAAGCAGGAAAAGGUACAGAAUUUUGCAACCCCCCUGCCUCCACCGCCCCCGGACCCGGAUAUCACAAGUAAACGGCAAAAGAUACGGCACCUGCUCGACAAAGGAGGGACGACACCGCCGCUGGAAAAAGGACUGAUCCUGAUACCGGUCAGACGGGGGAAAGACUCCUGGGAGAUAGGUCUCUCAACACCGCCAGAGGCAACUCACGGGGAGAUCACGAUGAAGGGCCGAUCAACCUUUCUUCCCUCACUCGCGGCAUGGGGGGGCGGUCCGACACUCUUGAAAUCGAACAUAAUUCAACUAAUGCAGGACCGCCUCCCACAAGGCACCGCCGCCUCCCUGGUGAUCUCAUACGGCGAGCACAGGCUGUCCGCCAGGGAUGUUUAUCUGAAAUAUGAACAAACAAAGGUGGAGGGACUCCGCUGGCUCAACCAGGAAAUGCUGAUGGAACUGCAGAUACUUGAGAUCAAAGCCAGCGACCUUUGGUCGGAAGUAGAUAUUAUGUCCAUCUUAUCAAAACUGUUGACAAACCGUACCCUGCAGACGGGCGGCCCGCUGGACAAAGAGCCAUGACUGCCUCUUUAAAAUAAAAAUAAUAAUAAAUAAAAUGCAAGGAAUGAAUGUGAUAGACGCAC